AUGCUGUUUUUCUCAUUCUUUAAGACCCUGGUGGACCAGGAGAUCACUGUUGAACUCAAAAACGACGUUGAAAUUAAAGGUACUCUCAAAUCCAUUGACCAGUACCUCAAUCUGAAGCUGGACAACAUCUCUGCGAACACAACAAAAUAUCCUCAUCUAAUAGCAGUGCGCAAUUUGUUCAUCAGAGGCUCCAACAUCAGAUACAUUCACAUAAAUCCAAGCCUGGUUGAUACCAACCUUUUGCAAGAUGCCAGCAGAAGAGAGGCCAUGGCUAGCGCAGGCGACAAGAUCGGAGGAAAAUAA